AUGCCUCCCGGUGCCUCGUCCAGCCCACUGGGCAAGGAUGCUCCCCUCUUCAUCGCCUACAUCUCCCUCAUCACGCUCGCGCUGCUGCCCAUCUACUUUGGGUCCUUUCAGUCGCUCAGGACGCCUGCGAGUGUGCUCAAGGCCAAGCGCGAUCAGAAGAAGGCAAAGAAGGACAAGAAGACGGCUGACGAGGAUGACGAGAGCGAUGGUGAGGAUGAGGAGGACGAGCCUCUGGCCACGGAGACUCUCACUAGCCAAGAUGCAUGGCUCUUCCCCCUCAUCGGCUCCCUCGUCCUCUUCAGCAUGUACCUCGUCUUCAAGUUCCUCGACCGCAAGUGGGUUGACCGCGUAUUGGGAGCCUACUUUGCCGUAGUGGGCGCUGCAGCCGUCCUCAAGGUCGUCGUCUCCCUCUAUGCGUGGAGCAUUGGCCCAGCGAAGUGGAAAGAGGCAAGGAAGUACAAGGUCGUGGUGACGCAUCGCUUGACGGAAAAGGAGAGGAAGGAAGAGGAGAAGGCUAGAAGAGAAGAGAGGGAAAAGAAGGCCAAGAAAGGCGAGAGCGUGGCCGACGUGGAAGAUCCGGCCGACGUCCCUCGCAAGCGGACCAUCCUCCUCACCCGUCUCGCCGAAGCCCACGCUGGCCUUGCGCUGUUCUCCCUCCUCCCCAUCAUCGCCUUCUACACAACGCGCCACUGGCUCGCCUCGAACAGCAUCGCCCUCUGCCUCGCCCUCAAUGCCGUCUCCCUUAUGGGCCUCGACUCUUUCCUCACGGGCAGCAUCAUGCUCGGCGGUCUCUUCGUCUACGACGUCUUCUGGGUCUUCGGCACAGAGGUCAUGGUCUCCGUAGCACGCAACUUUGACGCUGGACCGAUCAAAAUCAUCUUUCCCAAGAACCUGCCUCAGGUGGCUGCAUACUACUUGGGAGCCGAGGGCAAGGGCAAGACGAUGCAGGCCAUCCUGGAGGUGGUUAGGGGAGCACCAAAAUGGCAGAUGACCAUGCUCGGUCUCGGCGAUAUUGUGAUUCCUGGUAUCUUCAUUGCCCUUGCACUCCGUUUCGACCAACAUCUGCACAGCUCCUCCCUCUCCCCUUCCAAGCUGGCCAACUUCCGUCGCACCGAUGUCAAUUUCCCCAAGCCUUACUUCACUGCCACUCUGACCGCCUACGUGGCAGGUCUGGCGACGACGAUGGGUGUCAUGCACGUAUUUCAGGCCGCGCAGCCUGCUCUUCUCUACUUGAGCCCGGCGUGCGUGGCAGCUGUCGCGCUGCAGAGCUUGAAGAGGGGCGAGUGGAAGGAAGUUUGGAGGUGGACGGAUGGUGGGGAGGAGGCGGAGGGGAAGGAGGAGAGCAAGAAGGGAGGGGACAAGAAGAAGGGCAAAAAGACCAAGGCGGCGUGA